AUGGGUCGCAUCAACGAGUAUCAGGUUAUCGGCCGCCACCUCCCUUCGGAGACUGCCCCCGAGCCCAAGCUGUAUCGCAUGCGCAUUUUUGCUCCUAACGAGGUUGUCGCCAAGUCCCGUUUCUGGUACUUUUUGACCAAGCUCCGUCGUAUCAAAAAGGCCCACGGUGAGAUCGUUUCUGUCAACCAGAUCCACGAGAAGCGCCCCACCAAGGUCAAGAACUUUGGCAUCUGGAUCCGCUACGACUCCCGCUCCGGUACCCACAACAUGUACAAGGAGUACCGUGAGUUGAGCCGCGCUGAUGCCGUCGAGGCCCUGUACCAGGACAUGGCUGCCCGCCACCGCUCCCGCUUCCGGUCCAUUCACAUCCUCAAGGUCGUCGAGCUUGAGAAGAACGACGAUGUCAAGCGCCCUUACAUCCGCCAGCUCCUCGUCAAGGACCUCAAGUUCCCCUUGCCUCACCGUAUCCAGAAGUCUUCGGCUCUGUUCUCUCACCGCCGCCCUUCGACUUUCUAUUAA